GUUUAAAUAAAUAUGUUUAUUGUUGAUUAAUUAUCACGUAAUUUAACUCGAUUGCGGUGGGGAUAUUCUGUUCGGUGGUUUGGUAUUCGUCUUUCUUUUAGUGCAAGUUGUUGGGUUGUCGGUGGGUGAACUUGUUUGAAACAGCAACGAUGACUACCAAAUCAGAACUAAUAAUGAUGGAUACCUGGACGGAUCGCUGUAAUUUCAAUAUACGCGACAACAAAUUUUUCAAUAGGAAAUUGAAAAAAGAAUUAUUCGAAAUUGCCAGCAAAGAAUUGAGGGAAAACGAAAACGCCAGAAAGGAAUGCGUCGCUCAUUUACGCAAUUGGGUUAAUCAACAUCCCGAUAUAGAGAAUUGCCUAACUGAUGACAGCUUCUUGCUGCGUUUUCUUCGCGUGAAAAAGUUCAGUUUAAGUAUGACAGAACAAAUUUUAUUGAAAUAUCUCAAUUUCCGUAAAAGGUUCAAGCAUUUCAUGUACAAUAUGGAUUGUUUGGAUAGAAACGUUUCCGAAAUUAUCGGUGAUGGAUUUUUAUUCGUUAGUCCAUUUAGAGAUUCUUUCGGUAGAAGAGUCAUCAUUUAUGAUAUUGGUAAAUUCAAUUUACAUAAAUUCAAUGGUGUGGAUUUGGCUAAAACGUUCGCUUUAACGUACGAAACGUUGUUAGAUGAUGAAGAAAAUCAAAUUUUAGGUGUUACACAUGUAGCUAAUUUAGCCGGUGCUAGUUUGAAUUACGUACCUCUAUUUACCGCUACAGAAUUUGCUAUAAUGGUGAGGUGGGGCGAGCAAUCCAUACCGAUGAGACACAAACAGAUCGACGUGCUGAACAUGCCAUCGAUAGUAAAGUUUGUUUUCGAUUUUGCUUUAACGCUCGCAAGUGAUAAAUUGAAAAGGAGACUUAACGUUCAUUCGUCUAUAGAUCAGUUGCAUACGAAAGUGAACAGGCGUUGUUUACCCUCGGAACUCGGUGGCGAUAUUCCAUCUAAAGAGAUGAUUAGAUUGUGGAAAGCGGAACUGGAGGGAAAGAGGAAACGCCUCCUUUCUUACGACGACAUGAAUCUUCUCAGUGACAGAGGAAUCAUCAGGAGAAGAAAACCGGUGAAUUUAGACGAAAACGGAAUAAGCGAUUUACCGGGAAGUUUUCGAAAAUUGGAUUUCGAUUGAUAAAAGUAUCGAAUAGUUUUUAUUUUAAUUAAAUUAGUAUGAAAUAUGUUGAAUAGAUCGAGUUGAGUUUGGAGAAAAUGGCGUCGUGUUGGACUUUUACAUAUUCCAAUCGGCAACGCUGGAACGUAAUCUGUCAAUUAUGUCAAUUAGUGGCUACUGUUACGUUGUCGUGUGUUGUAAUAAAUUCAUAAAUAUUGACAAUAUUUUGUUUAAAUUUGUUAAUUAUUUACGAUAAAAUGGAAAUAAAAACACAAUCAGGUCUUUGAUAACUAAUUUUCAAAACAAAUUUUUAAGUAAUAGUCGGUGUUAAUAAUUAAAAAUUAAGAAUUAUUUCUAUCUCUUUUUAUUCCAUUGAAACAUGUAUAAGGACGUAUAUUAUUAUUUAUACCUACGAGGUGUAGUCGAAAAAUAUCAAAGUAAAAUAAAAUUAUUCAUUAUUUUUUGAUGGAUUCUAAUAGGUUAAGAUUUUUUUUUUGUAUUUUUAUCGAAUACCACAUCAUCAUCACCAAUCCUAGGAUUUAUAUAUUCUUUAAUGUAUCCUUAAAGGACUGUGAAUAUAAUAAUUUUACGAAUAAAUUUACUUAAUGAAA